GAUAUUCUCUACCAUUGACCAUAAAAAACCAUGCCUUUCUUAUCUAGAAAAUUCCACUAGCUGGCUCCGGAUAAAAAGGAGGACAAAAGAUUUAAAGAGAAAUUAAAAGGGACCUAAGAAAUAAAAUGAACAAUUGGGCUCCUCCAUUCAUAGCUGCAGCUCUAUUUUGGUUGUUGUCGCCGGGAAUGAUCUUUCAGUUGCCGGGAAAGAACUCGCCUUUCGAAUUCAUGAACAUGAAGACAACUGUGGCAUCCAUUUUUGUGCACACUGUAAUUUAUGGUCUGUUUCUCAUUUUGUUCUUCAUUGUUCUUAAUGUUCGUCUUUAUAUCUAGCAGCCAUCCACAACUUUUUUACUUUAUUUACUGUUAAGGACAUUUUUAAUUAAUUUCAUAUAUAUUAUUUCUCUUUUUACCA